GAGGUCAGCGGCGCGCCGGGCCAUCAGGGUGACAAUGGCGGGUCUCUGGGUGGGAGCAGCGGCGCUGGUCGCGGCUGGACGGCGUGGGCAGCGGACGCCGUUGUGGACCCUGAAGCAUGUCCCACGCUACUCAAGAGAGCGCCUGCUGGGGUCCCGGAGCCUCACCUCCGCUGGGCACGACCCGAGUGAAAAGACUUUUGAUAAAAUUCUUGUUGCUAACAGAGGAGAAAUUGCGUGUAGGGUCAUUAAAACCUGCAAGAAGAUGGGCAUUCAGACAGUGGCCAUUCACAGUGACGUAGAUGCUAGUUCGGUACAUGUGAAGAUGGCGGACGAGGCCGUGUGCGUGGGCCCCGCGCCCACUGGCCAGAGCUACCUCAACAUGGGCGCAAUCCUGGAGGCCGUCAGGAAAACGGGAGCCCAAGCUGUCCAUCCAGGCUACGGAUUUCUUUCAGAAAACAAGGAGUUUGCCAAGUGUUUGGCAGCGGAAGAUGUCACUUUCAUCGGGCCCGACACGCAUGCCAUUCAGGCCAUGGGCGACAAAAUUGAAAGCAAAUUAUUGGCCAAGAAUGCGAAGGUUAACACAAUCCCUGGCUUCGAUGGAGUGGUCAAGGAUGCAGAUGAAGCUGUCAGAAUCGCAAGGGAAAUUGGGUACCCAGUCAUGAUCAAGGCCUCAGCGGGCGGCGGCGGGAAAGGCAUGCGGAUCGCUUGGGAUGAUGAAGAGACCAGGGAUGGUUUUAGAUUUUCAUCUCAAGAAGCUGCUUCUAGUUUUGGCGAUGACCGACUGCUAAUAGAAAAAUUCAUUGAUAACCCUCGCCACAUAGAAAUCCAGGUUUUAGGUGACAAACACGGAAACGCUUUGUGGCUCAAUGAGAGAGAGUGUUCCAUUCAGCGGAGGAAUCAGAAAGUGGUGGAGGAGGCGCCCAGCGUGUUUCUGGACCCUGAGACUCGAAGAGCAAUGGGAGAGCAGGCGGUCGCUCUGGCCAAGGCCGUGAAGUACAGCUCUGCAGGCACCGUCGAGUUCCUCGUGGACUCCAAGAAGAACUUCUAUUUCUUGGAGAUGAACACGAGACUCCAGGUCGAGCAUCCCGUCACAGAAUGCAUUACCGGCCUGGACCUGGUCCAAGAAAUGAUCCGUGUUGCCAAGGGCUACCCUCUCCGGCACAAACAAGCUGAUAUUCCCAUCAACGGCUGGGCAGUCGAGUGUCGGGUUUAUGCUGAGGACCCCUACAAGUCUUUCGGCCUACCGUCUAUUGGGAGAUUAUCUCAGUACCAAGAACCCACACAUUUGCCUGGUGUGCGGGUUGACAGCGGUAUCCAACCAGGAAGUGAGAUUAGCAUUUAUUAUGAUCCAAUGAUUUCAAAAUUAAUCACGUAUGGUUCUAAUAGAACCGAAGCACUGAAGAGAAUGGAGGCUGCUCUGGACAAUUACGUCAUUCGAGGUGUUACACAUAAUAUUGCAUUACUUCGGGAAGUGAUUAUCAACUCACGCUUCAUUGAAGGCGACAUCAACACUAAAUUCCUCUCUGAUGUAUAUCCUGAAGGCUUUAAAGGGCACAAGUUAACGGACACCGAGAGAAACCAGUUAUUAGCAAUAGCGUCGUCCCUGUUUGUGGCAGCACAGUUACGAGCUCAGCAUUUUCACGGACACGAAAAUUCAAGGGUGCCCAUCCUGAAGCCGCAAGUGACCGAGUGGGAACUCUCCAUCAAACUGCAUGAUGGCGUCCACACUGUCCGAGCCUCCGGCAGCGGCCCGGCCUUCUCUGUGGAAGUUGACGGGUCGAAGCUGAAUGUGACCAGCACGUGGAACCUGGCGUCACCCUUGUUGUCUGUCAACGUUGAUGGCACUCAGAGGACCAUCCAGUGUCUGUCUCGGGACCCCGGCGGCAGCAUGAACAUUCAGUUCCUGGGCACGGUGUACAAGCUGCACGUCCUAACCAAGCUGGCCGCCGAACUGAACCAGUUCAUGCUGGAGAAGGUGCCUGAGGACACCAGCAGCAUCCUGCGCUCCCCCAUGCCUGGCGUGGUGGUGGCUGUGGCCGUGAAGCCCGGGGACAUGGUGGCAGAAGGCCAGGAGAUCUGUGUGAUCGAGGCCAUGAAGAUGCAGAACAGCAUGACAGCGGGCAAGACUGGCAAGGUGAAGUCGGUGCAGUGUAAAGCCGGGGACACAGUGGGCGAGGGGGACCUGCUGGUGGAGCUGGAGUGAAGCAUUUCCUGCCCACGCCCCCUGGCCUCCCCAACUUCAGCUGCCGUGUGUACUCGGUUCCUUCCGCACUCAGGUGAUUUGAGCAUUCUGCGGGGGCACCCCGGGCAGCAGAUCUCAUAUGGUCAUUAUUUAUUCACCACGGAGUCAAAAACCAAUGGUUCUGCCAAAAAAGGAAAAGAAAUACCAAAAAAACAAACUCACUCACCAAUGGAAACUUAUUGAUAUAAAUACUUGUACAUAUGAUUUCUACUUCUGCCGCGAGAUUUCCCAGUGCCAACAUGGAAUCAAUAAAAACAAGCAUUUGUCUAAAUAUUAGUUUGCCCCCUUUU